UUUUCUAAAAUAAAACUCUAUCUUCUCCCCCCUCAUUCCCUCAUCAUCUUCAAAAACCUUAUCAAAUAAAGCCACCGGCGAUGGCGACGAUUGCAGCCGCCGUAGCGGCGGCUUCCUCCGCCUUCACCUCUCUCCACCUCACUCGCGCAACUCCCUACACGCGCCGCCACAUUCACACUCUCAUCACAUCCUCACUCUCCUCUUCCUCCUCAACUGAAUUCAACAUAUCCUUCGCUCCUCCAAAACCAAAACCCAAUAAACCAGAACCCUCACUUCCCAUAAACCCUAAUUCCAGCUCGGACAUAGCCGAACUCGGUGAUCAAUUCUAUAUCCCCUGGAUUGUUCGUGAUGAAAAAGGUAACCUCACUCUCCAAUCGACUCCUCCGGCGCGUCUACUCCACGACAUGGCUAAUGCUAGCACAAGUAAGAAGAAUAAUAAGAAGAGCAAACAGAUUGCUGCUAAAGCCGCGACGGUGGGUCCUACAUCCGAGCCUAAGUAUUCAAAAGCAGCUCGCCGGUUUUAUAAUGAGAACUUUAGAGACCCUCCCCAACGCCUCAGUAAAGUCCUUGCUGCUUCCGGAGUGGCAUCCAGACGGAGCAGUGAAGAGCUGAUUUUUCAAGGUCGGGUUACUGUGAAUGGUUCUGUUUGCAAAACUCCACAGACUAAAGUAGAUCCAGCUAGAGAUGUAAUUUAUGUCAACGGAAAUCGUCUUCCGAAGAAAUUGCCUUCAAAGGUCUAUCUUGCACUAAACAAGCCAAAAGGGUACAUAUGCUCAUCCGGGGAGAAAGAAACUAAGUCAGUCAUUUCCCUUUUUGAUGAUUUUAUAAAGAGUUGGGAUAAAAGGCAUCCUGGACAACCAAAACCUCGGCUCUUUACAGUAGGUCGACUUGAUGUUGCCACGACUGGCUUGAUUAUUGUGACUAAUGAUGGGGAGUUCGCGCACCAGAUUUCACAUCCUUCGUCUAAUUUGUCAAAGGA